GAGUUACAGGAGGCGGCGGCUUGUUACUGUCUCCGAGGGCGGAGCUGUGUCCAUGGCAGCGCUUAGAUACAGAGCUACAGGCACAGGCUGGGGAGAGGCACAGAGGCCGAGGAGCAAGCAAGGCACUCACCCUGGGGAGAGCCGCUCACCCUGGGAGACCAGGCAGAUGCUGACGGUGGACAUUGAGGAUCCAUGACACUAUCUCAAAAGAGCUGCCCUCACCAACCAACCUCCAGAUAAAUUGGCUUGUGUGAAACACAGGUGCUAUGGCAUGAAAGGUGCUAAUUGCUGAAUUUGCGAACUAAGGAAGAGGGCAAAAUCUGUUGUGCAAGAUGCCGUUAAAUCCUAAACAGGUGGUGGAGCCUUUAACUGCAAGGACCUUGAAGCGCAUAAAUGCUGAGACCGUUUUAGAAACUGACACUCCACGCACUAGUGAGCUGAAGACUCUUCGAAUAAAGCGGUUGGCCUACUUUGUUCCUGAAAAAGAGCAUUGCCAACGUAGCUGUAUCUCUGCAUCCCUUCCUCCCAGGCUCCAGAUCGGUAGCAAUCCAGGAAUUCCCGAUAAUAGAGUGGGAGAUCCUCUAAAAGAUAAAUUGGCAAAAUAUGAGAAAGAAGGCCUCUCUGUUCAGGAAAUACUUAAUUCUAAUGAAUCAGUUGAACAAAUUGUAGUUGGUGAUACAGAGAAGUCCCAUUCUACCAGUUCAGAGCCAUCAUCAGCAACGGCAAAGAGUCACCUUAGAAAUGCUUGCUUUCCUGAGCCAGAUUAUAACCUACUUGAGGAUCCCAUGGUUUCAGAGAACCAAAAGCUUACACACAUUCUCAACUGGGCUCAGAAUAUUCUUAGGAAGUCCGAUGAAUGUAGGGAUGAAGCAAAGAGCAGCAAAAUGUCUCAAAGAGCUUGUCGGUCUCAGUCUAAUGAGGAAGUGCCAGCACUGAGACGUGAGUGCUGUGAUGGAGAGCAAUCAAGAGCUUCACUUUAUCGGUCUUGGGAUAUUGAUGGAAGGACCACCGCUGAUCUUUUCAGCAGCCGAGUGGAUGCUUCUCAUUAUUCUGCUGAUAUUUCCAGUUUGUCUAAUAACUACUGUUCAUCCGAGAUUUCGAGAUCAAGCCAUACAUUUCUUCAAACUGACUGCUUAACUGCAGGUUCGAUCGACGAGGUGGAACAACAUGCACUGACACAUAGUGGAGGUUUAAAUAGGCGCCAGUGGUUUUCUGGGGCAGGUGAGACUGAAAAGUUGGAAAGAACAAUUCCUAAGCAAGAUAAUAUAUAUGGAGGUAGUAUUCCAAAUAAGGACUGUAAAACUGAAGGCACAGCGGAGAUUCACGUCCAUGCAACUCUGUCCGAGUACCCAGCAGAUGACGACUGUCAUUCUGUCACUGGUGGUGCAGGCACAGAGAAUAAUAAUGAAUAUUUUUGGGUACCACUCGAAGAUAAUUCAGAUGAAGAAGACACCAAAGGAGGUAUGGAAAGAAAGCAAAUGAUUGUGCAGCCUUUUGUGAACAGUAAUCAGUUGUGUAAUGAGAAUUAUGAAGAGUCUGUCUUAUCGACAGGACCAGCAAAACCUAGAAAAUCUUCCGUCAAGUAUUGUUACACUUCGUCUGAUCUAUCAGCAAGCCCACUUCAACUAAAUAAUGUUGCACAACACAGCACAUCAGCUGUUGAUGAAACACGAGUGUUAAACAGCAAAGGCACUGAGAAGACAUUGUCUUCAGAAAAUGAUCCAUUGCAAAAAGAAGUAAACCAUAAUAUUGACAAAAAUGAAGUUCAGCAAAGCCUAAUUGAGCAUAAGGUACAUAAUAGACCACUAAAUGUGCUGACUUCAACCUUUCCAUCAUGCUUGUCACCGUCUUCUAAUUCCAGCUAUUCAAAAGAUCCCAGUCUACCUUUCCAAAAAGAGAAGUUUAUUAACAGAGAGGAACAACCCAAUGCAGAUUGCUCUUCCUUUGUUGGAAGUGACCUGGUUAAGUUCUGCCCAGAGUGCUUAAGUGGUAAUGACCCAAAUAUUAACUGGUGCAUGGAGUGCGGAUGUGUUCUUAUUGGGAUACUAACUCGGCAAUGUCCCGUUUCUACCAAUGUUGCUGAAAUAUCAUCCUUGAUUACGAGACAGAGCCCCGAGAAAGAGAAACUAGAUGUGCUAGUAAAAGGCAGCCUAAGACCCUGUUCAGAAUUUGUGAGACCGGACAAUAUUUACGACUUGAAAUGUUCCAAGACUUUCACUUGCACUUCCUCGGGUGAACGGGAGCUCCGUGUGUAUGAGAAUUAUCUUCUCUACAGUCAACCUCUAAAGAAAUUCUCAAACCAACACCAGGCACAAAAAGAACAACAACCUAUAGAUCAGCAUCUGGUGAAUGAACAAGGGAGUCGGACAGAUGCAUUGAAUGGAAACAGUAAGAGACACAAAGCCAAAGAGAACUAUGCCACCUCAUCGUCUGAGACCUCCACUCUCAGCUCUGACCUUAUUGACCUGCGAUCUGAAGACAAAUUAGGCAGGGGAGCUGCACCUUUGACAGGGAAUACAGAUGAAUGCUGUGUUGUACAAAGUUUUUCAGUGCUAGAGAAUCAUCCACAGGGAAAAGAUUAUUUUGAGAAACCAAUCUAUAAAGAAACAUCAAAGGAUCCAACCCACAAAGCUUUUUUGAAGCAAGCCUUUGGAACUUUGAAGGAUGAAACUGUGACUUGUACAGGCCAUGAGAAGAAAAAAGGAAAUUUGAAAGAUACAGAUGUAACGCCAGUGAGGAGAAAAAGCAUCCAAGCCAGCCUGAAAAGGCACAAAAGAUACUGGGAGAAGUCCAGUAUUGCAUGGUCAUCCUACACACACGGAGAAGUAAAACCACGGUCAAAAAAUAUCUAUAGCACACAGUCAACUGGCAACGGUCGGAUGUCCUCUAAGAAAUCACUGCAGUGUGAAGAUCCUCCAGCUGGUGUUUGUGUUGUACCGGUGCCAAACAGCAGGCGGAUAAAGGGACAGCUGGCCAAUAGACCAUUGAGUGCUGGUACACUUGAGAGUGAACGAGUUGCACAGGAGACAUUGAUAUCAAAAGUACUGCCUAAUUUUCAAAAUGCUUCCCUAAGAAGGGUAAAUGCUUGGACAACUUCUGAUCAUUUGUGCAGUGAUGUUUUCCAGCCCUGUGAUAAAUUGACUGACAUGAAUCCUGGAGGAGGUGAUGACCGCUCCCUGUGGCUUUACUUGCCUGAUGAGCUCUGGAUUAGUGUUUUGACUCUGCUAUCACAUCGUGAUCUCUGUCAGCUCUCCCAGGUCUCUCACCGCUUCCACCGGUUGGCCAACGAUGAAACGCUCUGGAAGCUAAUUAAUAUCGACAACAGCAACUGCCUGAACGAUGACUGUAUCGUGAACAUUGGGCGUCAUCAACCACAAAGCCUCCGACUUUAUCGAUGCAAUGAUGGAGCAAAGCCCAUUACAGAGACAGGUUUACGGGAGCUGUUCAGACAAUGCAAGGAUUCACUGAAGGAGUUGAAUGUUACAAGCUGCAGCGGGCUGAAUUUGCGAGGAGACCAAGUGCUGCUCCAGGCGAGUGCAGUUUGCUGCUGGCUGGUCUCUGUGGACGUCAGCUGGUCGGGGGCCACUGACAGCGGCAUUGUAGCACUGGUUGAAGCCUGUUCACGGCUUCAAAGACUCUGUGUUAACGGCUGCCACCUCACAGAUGAAGCCAUUAACGUUUUGAGUAAAAAGCAUGGAAAGAGUCUGAGAGACCUGGAAGUAUUUGGAUGCCAUACUCUGAGUGCACACUGUCUGAGCUACAUGGCCCAGAGGUGCCGUGACCUCCAGAUCCUGAACAUUGGAAGGCUGCCAAAGAUCACAGCUAUCUGUCUGGUACAGAUCGUGACUUGCUUGACAAGCCUGAUGACACUGAACCUAUCAGGACUAAAUGCGGUUCGGGACCACGUGGUGCAUCAUGUUGUCAGACAGUGCCCAAAGAUGGAACGCCUCACUCUCAGCUCCUGCCUACAGGUGACAGAUGUCAGCCUGGUUGAAAUAAGCACAUACUUACCUACCAUAAGACACCUUGAUGUCAGUGGCUGUAAGAAAAUAACAGAUACAGGAGUUCAGGCCAUAGCCAUGGGCUGCCAACAACUGCAAUACCUCGACCUCAGCUCCACAGCAGCUAGCAAAAGGGGGAUUUGUUUGCUCUCCACCUAUUGCAACAGACACCUCACAUGUGUGAAACUCAGUUUCUGCAAAUAUCUGACUGAAGACGUCAUCAAAAAGCUGUGUAAAAACUGCAAACAUCUGACGAUGCUUCAUCUGUACGGGUGUCGUUCCAUCCAUAACCUGAAGGCCAUUCAAGAUGUCAACAAACUUGUGAAGCUAUUUCAUGACCUUUCAGUCAGCACUCUCAAAACACAAGGUUGCUGAAAAGUUGGGUUCUGUGCAGGCGUAUUAGUAAAAUACCCACAACACUUUGAUCUUCUGAACCUAGGACAUGCAUUAAGUGUUUACAUCACAAAUGGUUUGUUUCAAAAGUAAACAUCCUAUUUUACAAGUAUUUUCAGUCUCAAAUACUAUGACC